AACUCCUUAAUAGACAUUUAUAAUCAGUUCCUGGCAGCAUUAGAAUCACUGAAAGAAUUCUGGGAUGCCAUGGAUGAAAUUGAUGGGAAGACCUGGGUGCUCGAGCCAGAAAAUCCCACGCGGGGUGCUACAGCAAGGAGAAUUGCAAUAGGAAAUAAUGUCUCAGUGAACAUUGAGGUAGACCCUCAGCAUCCAAACAUGCUCCCUGAGUGUUAUUUCCUUGGAGCAGAUCAUGUGGUUAACCCUUUGAGAAUUAAGCUGAACAACAAUAUGCACCUGUGGGAUCCAGAAAACAGUUUAUUACAGAACUUGAAAGACCUCUUAGAAAUUGAUUUUCCAUCUCAUGCUGUGUUAGAAAAAAGUGAUUUUGCUAAGGACUGUGGAAUCUGUUACGCCUAUCGGCUCGAUGGCACUACUCCAGAUCAAGUGUGCGAUGAUCCCCGAUGUGGGCAACCUUUUCAUCAGGCUUGCCUAUAUGAGUGGCUACAAGGUCUUCCUUCUAGCAGACAGAGUUUUAAUGUCAUCUUCGGUGAAUGCCCAUAUUGUAAUAAGCCACUGACACUGAAAUCUUCAAUGAAGAAACUUUGA